CCAUGUUGAGGUUGAUUAGAAGCUUGAGCUUCAUUUGUCUACUGAUGGCCAUAUCUAGUACGUAUGGCUCAGGGCCCUCCUGUGCUCGAUACAGAUGGUAACCCUCUUACAAGAGGUGUAGAAUACUAUGUCGAUCCUGCUAUAACUGAUGUAGCUGGAGGCUUAACUCUAGUGGCUCGCAAUGGAUCUUGUCCAUCUUAUGUUGGUCAGGUGCCUAUUGGACCUGGUUCUGUUGAAGGCCUUCCAGUCAUCUUCACCCCAUCAAAUCCAGGAGAUACAAUUAUCACUGAAACUACAGAUUUCACUGUUGCAUUUUCAGCUUCCUCGACAUGUGUUCAAAACACUACAUGGGGCAUAGGCGAGGAAGAUCCAGAGACGAGAAGAAGAUUUAUUGUGAUCGGUGGUGAACCAACCGUCUUUGAUAUUAGCAGAGAUCAAGCAGUAGGUCCGUAUACAAUUGGAUGGUGCCCUCCAUGCCUCAAUCCUCCACCUUGUGGUAGGCCACGGUGUGGAGUUGCAGGUAUUCUAGAGCAGAAUGGGACGAGGUUUUUGACCUUAGACGGCCCUGCAUUUCCUUUCAGAUUUAGAAGGGCGUAA